GCACCAGCAGGGCCUCCUCCAGCAGGGCAAAGCUCCGCCCACAGCUGAUGCCCAAGUGGCGGCAGCCGCGAAGCCUCCCGGAGACCGUUGUGUUGGGGUCGCCAUCGAGGAUGCCAGGCAGCCAGUGCACAUCAUGGAGGCGUCCAUACGGAACUUCUGCGAGGCUGGACAGCCCAGGACAGUCUUCACGAAGAAUGAGACAGACCCAUUGGCUGAGAUCAUCCUGGAUGUCACGGCCGAGUCCAUAAGGAUCCGCAGCAGGAGCUGUACUGGAGACUGCGAUGCUAGGAUGGAUGCCUGUGCUUCCUGCAAAGCCGUUGCUCGCAACAGAGGCUUCUGGAAACACAUUGCGCAGAAGUCCUACAUGAUCGACUGUGUCAUGUUGGCACAUGUGUUGCUGCACGGAAGCUCGGAUGAGGCCGCCCAGCACAUUGAGAUGAUGAAGCAGCGAGACUACUUUCAGCUUGGGUACUCUGGGUCCGAUCUUGCCACGAUCCUCCAGAAGCCGGGCAAGAUGGAGAAAAUCAGGGCCAUCUGCUGGAAGAUGGAGUGUGUGCCAGCACUUCGCAGAAGUGACAGCUGGCAGCGGUUCUACGAUGCCUGGCUGACAAAGGCACCUGUACGACAUAGCUGCGAUCUCGAAGCUGAGGCACAUGCUCUUCUGUCAAGCCAGCUAAGUGAAGCCAUCGCCGCCGGUCGGGCACGGUCCAUGGAUGUGACCCUUGCGGCGAAGAUCGCUGCUGGAGCUCUUCAAGGCGAAAGUCUGGUGCAAUCCCUCAUAACCUCCUUCUUGAUGAAGUACAAGUCCGGUCUCCAAGCGGAGUCCGGCAGGUACAAGACGUCUAGCCAGCACAUGGACUACGACUCCCUGGCAGACGCACUGGCCUCUCUCGGCAGGAGCGCCGACGUGGAUUCCCUGCUGCGCAUCUUUCGCGUCAACCCGAAGAAGCAGAUCAAGAUCGACCCCUGGAUGCCCAGCCUGCCCCAGAGCUUCUGUGCAGAGGAUGCGGUGCUGCGCAGAAACGUGGAGCUCAGCCUAGGUCUCUUGAAGAAGGCCGGCGGCCGAUGCCAUUUGAUCCUGGACGAGACUUGCUGGUCGCCAGAGUAUACGCUCCUGCGAGGCAUCCACGCAGGCAAGGAUGCCCUGGUGGGCGGCGUCUGGUGUUCCCAGCCCACGGACAGUUACGCCCUUCUGCCGCCCAACACUGUGAAGCCCCCAGUCGACAAGCUCUGUAAGCUGUCCUUGCAUUGUGUCAUGAAGCACCCGGCGACCAAGAAGUUCACCUUUGAGAUUUGCUGCCUGCCGCGGCCAUCGACAGCGACCGGGAAGGACACCUUUCUAGUGCUUGACAGCAUCCUCGCACAGGCCACUGCUGCCAACGGUGGCCUGCCACCGCUGGGCUGUGCGUUUGACGGAGCUACGAUCAAUGGCGCGAUCAAUCGUGUUUUCCUUGGUCUUGCCGCGCCGGAAGAGCGAGCCGGCACUCAGUUCUUCGUCCAUUGCAAGGUGGUUCGGCCCGAGCUGAAGUAUUGGCCGUUCGGAUGCUUGUACUACAAGAACCACCUCCUCACGGGCUCGAACGGGGCAUUUCACAUUCAGAAACGCCUGUCCCUUCAGCUGGCGUCCGGCUGUAAGGUGGUGGUACUGGGCUCUGCCUGGUGUUGCCUCUCCAGGCUCUUGGCCCAAGGCUUACCCCACAAGUCCUACUGUUGCGUCGAUGUGCAGAGUGACAAGGCUGCCGUGCAAAGACUCUCAGUUCCCUGGAUCGCUCGUGAGUGGGCCUGCCUGGGCAAUCACGUCAUGGGCCUCCUAAGUGGACUCCUGGCGAGCAUCAGCACAGGCUCCUCCGGCUUCACGAAGAAGGAAAUGGCUUUCAACGGCCUGUGCUUGUACUACAUGAUGCUCCUGCACCUCAUCGACAACAAGUUUACUUACGGAAAGGAUUGGGCCCACUACACACUUGCCGGCGUCACCAUUCGCAACGUGUGCAGCCAAGUUGCUCACUCGGUGACAAUGUGCCUCACGGAGCUGGAGCACAAACAACUCCAGGAAAUCGCUAUCGAAGAGCACUUCAGCACUCCCUCUUUGGCCAACGGUCUCCUGGGGAUCGCGAGGUCCCAUUGCAAGCAAGCCCGAACUUUGAGGGACAUGACUGCAAGCCAGCUGGAAGGGCCCUGCACCGACAAGUGCCGCGAUCCCAUGUCUGCAGCAGAGCUUGUGAAAGUAUCGCACGUAGCCUUAGCAACUGCCGUUGACUUCUGGUGUGUCAUCUCCGAGAACCAGACGCCGGAUGAACUGGUGCGACAGCUCGUGGAAUGGUGGUCCAGGGACGGGCCAAAGUUCUUCCAGUGCGAGGCAGAGGCCACUGAGGAUGCAGGGGGGUGCCUGGAUCCCGAUAUGGUUGAGAUCACAGAGGAACUGGGGGGCCCUCCAGUCCAGGACUGCGGUGCUGGGAACUGGGGUUGA